AUGAAGGUUUCUGUAACGGUACAUUCUGCUGCUGGUUUCCAGGGCCACACUGGUCUCUUCAACAAGUCGGACUUGUACGUCGAAUGCCACUACGGUACCUUCCACUCAUGGCACACCAAGACUGCCAAGGACGCUGGCUCCAGCGCAGAUUUCGAAGAAACCUGGACCUUUGAUUCCAAUGACAGCCACUCUGAAAUUACAAUUAAAGUGCGCGAUGCCAGACAUCUGAAGCUCGACGAGACUCUGGCGGAAGGCGCUUUCAAGUUUGAGCAGAGACCUGGCUACUUCUACACUGGCGAAGUGGGGCUUGUUGACGAGAAACACGGCGAUGAACCAUCUGUUAGGUUGACUGUGAAGUGUGAGUAA